AACGCUAAUGGCGAUCUGGGACGCCGUGGAUCAUGUCCCCGAUGCGAGAUAUGGACGGCCCGAGUAACAUUCCUCGGACGUGUGACUCGCGGCAGUGGAAUACCUUUCGCCUGUGAUUAGCUUUUCACACUCGCUCCAACUACUAUAUGCAGCUGUGGAAACGUCAAACAUGCGACAGACGCUUAUUCUUGCCUUCCCCUCUUCUCCUUCUAUAUCCAGCCGGACCCCAUGUAUUUCCACUAAGUAUACCGACGUGUGGUUACUCGUAUCGUAAUGGAGAUCGUGACAUCCAUUGCGAUCCAGGCACUCUUGCUUGGCCUAGCAUUUGGUGUCACUUGUAUGCGAUGUUGGAUCCGCGUUCGCCUCGAGCAACGAGGGUUGACACUGGUCGACUGGCUCGUGUGGGGAGGAUGGUUGUGCGCACUAGGAUGGUUCAGUUGCUCAACUAAAGCGCUAUACAUUCUCAUCGAUCAUCCACUGGAUGAAGAGACGCGAAGCGAUUCAGUUGAUUAUCUCAAGACCGUCUUCGCGUCCGUGUACUUCUUCGAUACUGGGCUUUACUUUCCCAAAGCGUCCCUUGUGGCCUUCUACUGGUGGUUAAUCCCAUCCGGCUUUCGACGCCUUCGAAUUGCAACCUACGUUACCGCUGGUGCUGUGGCUUGUGCGUUUCUCGCAAGCAUAUUGACGGAUACCCUGAUUGCCCCCAAGAUCUCUGACAACUGGUCAAUUGAAAACCAGCUCUAUUCGACAUGGAACACAUAUGCCAACUUGGUGAUUAAUUGGGCCCUCAACUUUUCCACUGACCUGCUGCUGUUCAUUCUCCCUUUCUUCAUUGUAAACUGUCUCAAACUACGAAAACGACAGAGGAUCGGUUUGGUUGGAGUUUUCUCGCUCGGCGCUAUCACAAUGGCAAUUAGUCUGGCCCGCUUCAUCGUCUACAACAUGGACUACAACGUUAGCGAUGCAGAUGGAAAUCUCUGGUGUACCGCCGAAAUGUGCACAGCCAUCAUCGUUGUCUCGCUCCCCUUUUUCAAAACACUCAUCAUCCGGUCCAGUAAUCCCACCACGACAAGCCGCAGCAACACCGGCUAUAUUUCCGGGCCAUCCAACAGAGUCCACGUAUCUGGCGACGACACUUACUCAUCGCAUGUGCAGGGCGGCCCAUCUGACGACGAGGUGGAACUUACUUUUCAGGACCGAAAGCGAAGUCUUACACCCCCUGGAAUGGUCGAUGAGGUUCGAACGCAAGAUGGAAAAGAUAAUGUGAUGAUUACGACAAAUUGGACGGUUACGAGGGAUAUGUUGUAAAAACACGCGUACGCAUUUACGGGUUGGGACAAAAGUGGAUAGGAAAUAGAUGGGCUGUAUAUAUUUGUGGCAUUCGACGCAGACUAAGGAGACAAGGAGAAACACGCUUGA